UACCAUUAAGCAAGCCCUUAAAAUAGCUGUUUUUCAUUUUAGUGAGGGAAAGAAAAUAUCUCCCAAAAACCCUUGAAGUAGCGUUCUCUGCAAUCGACCUCCUAGAAAUGGCCAACAGUAAUCUUCCGCGAAGAAUCAUUAAGGAAACCCAACGUCUCCUCAGUGAACCAGCACCAGGAAUUAGUGCUUCGCCAUCAGAGGAUAAUAUGCGAUAUUUUAAUGUGAUGAUUCUUGGCCCCACACAGUCUCCAUAUGAAGGUGGGGUUUUCAAGCUGGAAUUGUUUUUGCCUGAAGAAUAUCCAAUGGCUGCACCAAAGGUUCGAUUUCUUACCAAAAUUUACCAUCCUAAUAUUGACAAGCUUGGAAGGAUAUGCCUUGAUAUUCUAAAAGACAAAUGGAGUCCUGCCCUUCAGAUACGAACAGUGCUUUUGAGUAUCCAAGCACUUCUUAGUGCUCCAAACCCUGAUGACCCACUUUCUGAGAACAUUGCGAAGCAUUGGAAAACGAACGAGGCAGAAGCUGUUGAAACAGCAAAGGAAUGGACCCGUUUAUAUGCAAGUGGUGCGUGAUUGUGUGGUGGAACUUGCCUUCAAAUGACGGUCAUGUGUUAUAUGCUAUGAACUGUUAAUUUGAAUCAAAAUUUCAAGAUUGGAUGUUUGAACAAGUUAUACCCUUGAUAUUUUUCAAAGCUUCCAGUUACUGCCCUAUUAAAUUGACGUGUGAUUUGGAAGCAUCGUCUGUGAACUUGUAUGAUAAGCAACACUAUUCAUCUC